AUGGCAAUCGUCCGGUUCGCGACUGGACUCUGUAGUGGUGUAUUACCUGUGGCUCUAAUCGAGAUUGACAACAUUUGCGGUAACAGGCAGACAAAAUUGGCGCAAUUUGCCAGGACGCUCGGUGUGGGUUUUGGAGCAAUUGGAACCUUUGCGUUCAUCAAGCUCAGUGCAAAUUUGCCAGAUAAAACAAACGAAGACCCUGUUGCGAGGGACUCGUCUAUGUACUUUUAUCCAUUUUGUUUUGUAUCGAUCCUUGCAUGGAUUGCAGUCAUGGUAAUGCUCUUAGGGCUCCGUCUGCGUAGUCGAACAGCAUACUCGCAGCUUGCAGAAGAUGAUGACGAUAUCUUAAACUUUAUGCCACAGACCCAAAAUGAUCUGCAGUCGUCGCCGCGCUCAUCGUCUAGCCUGAAUACAAGCAGUACAAGCAGUAGCGAAAGUGGAAGUCCCAUGGCCGCAGCUGUUGCCCAUGUCAAGUCUGCUUUUGGAGAAACAUUUAACCGGACCGCCAUGGGUCUGGGAUUAAAGAAAGCCAUGGCAUCACCGGCGAAUUUGACUGCGAUUAAUCUUUUGGCGACCCCACAACCACAUUUUCGUCUCAUUCGAGGAAUUUUACCUCAUCAUUUUCACGGGUACACUUCAGAUGGUCAUUUAAUCGUCUGGGACUUUGUUGGUCGUGUCAAGAUGGACAGACUGCACGCUGCGUGCUUCACGACAGCUGAUUUACGUGACCAUUACCGAUUUUUUUUUGCAUUCGCACAAGAAAAGUUUUUACGCACACCAAAUCAAAAGAUUGUCUAUAUUGUCGAUUUAGAUGGUCUUUCGCUUCGAGACGUUGAUGCCCGAGCAGUUGAUAUAGCUUGUGCGAUUGUGAAGACGCUACAGUUUGAAUUUCCUGAUCGCCUGCAAGCUCUGGCGGUUCUUAACGCGCCUGUUUGGUUUUCGCAGGUCAUGACAGGUAUUCGUCCUCAUUUGGCGAAGCGUACUGCCGACAAAAUAUCGUUUCUGUCGAAGAAAACGGCCACACAUGAUUUGAUUUCGCUUGUUGGAAUUGAUAGCUUGCCUCAACGCUAUGGUGGACGUAAUGGUGUUGAAAUUAGUAAAAGUGCUCAGGAACGAGCUUUAGAUGACUUGCUCAGACGAACUACAGCGUCGUUAGAGCGCACAAUUGAGAUUGUGGGUACUCCUCGAUCAGGACGCGGAAAUAUGCCGCUAUCUCGUGAUGGCAGUGUCCGCAGUGAUGAAGAGAGUGACGAAGAGGCAUUCUUUGACUGCUCUGAGUAUGGACUUCAGGGUGUGGAGGACUUGGAAGAUCAGGAGCCUUUGGUCUCUGUUAUUGUCCAUUCUCAUGAAAAUUUGUCAUCUAAAACUGAAACAAUUAGUAGAAUUAGCGCCGGGAGCUCUGGGGCGUAUCAAGCGCUGGAGAAGAAGCCGAUGCAAGCGACGAUGGCAGCCGAAAAUCUUGAACUUGCGAUCACACGCGAGCCCCUGGCCUGUCUUGUGCUGCUGGUUUAUUUUUUCUGGUUGCUAGUGCAACAAAGUUUCGAUGAAUUGAUACCGCUUUGGUUUUUCUUGCAGAGUUCGAUAAACCUGGGUGGUAGCGUUCAUGCCGAACCGCCAAUAUCGCGCUCCACUGUAUCGUCAAUUACGCUAACCAUUGCGGGCGCUCUGGCGUCUUUAUCUCUGGUCGUUCUACUAGGUCAGAUCGUGUCAAACAUAAUCUGCCGUUCUGCUCGCAAUGUCAUGACACCUCUCGCGACGCUUCGUCUUGGGUUGCUUCUUCAAAUCCCAAUUUUAAUUAGCUUUCCGUUGAUUCAAAUAUUUUUUGAUGAGCCGCCUCUAUCAUGGAUUGUUGUGGUCAGUGCUCUUGCAAUGAAGCAACUUGUUGCUGGCGUGGCGUCGCAUGGGAUUAUGACGCUUAUCGACAAUUCAAUUGCUGUCAAUCGACGUUUAGCAGUACACCGGUCAGCGCAGCGAGCUUGCUAUGCGAGCCAUUUCAUCUCGAGUGGGGCUCCAGCGCUUUUCGCACUUUUAGCCUACUUUGAGCAAGUCUUCCCGUUUGACCAAAGUUUGCUGUGUUUGGUACAAGCCCUCGGAUUGCUCUUUUUACUUAUCUUCUCCGUUGCUAUUCCAAGUCGAUUGAAUUUUCCUGUGCUGUUUAGCAUGGGCAAGCGGUAA